AAACUGACGCUCCUCGCACGAAAGAGAAACCUAACUGUGGUUAAACUGUUCAGCAAGUGCAAAAUAUUUGUAGCUGGAAAUAAUGGCAGGUGCUGCGAGUCACACACAAUUGAUAAAAAUGCGCGCCAGCGCCGAGGCGGUGGCGUCUCUGGCCGGCAGCAACAAAGGAGCACAAGUGCAACAAGUGGCGUGCAGCAACAACAACAACAGCAGGAACCUAUCAGCCAUUAUGGAAAAACUGCAGGUGGACUAUGGCAAAUACAAAUACACGGUAUAUCGCUGUGCCAGCAAAUUUGUGGCCCUGCAAAAAAUCUUUCACACCAGCAAAAUACCAUACAAACUAGUGCUGGCCAUAUUGGAACGCCAUGGCAUGCCAGCCAGCAGUGGCAGCAAUCUCAAUCUGAUGGUGCCACCCUUUCAGUUGACCUCGCUGCUGCACGACAUCUACUUUGCCUGCGAGAAGCUGGGCCACUUCACCAAGACCAGCAGCUACACCCUGGAGACAGCAACUGCCCUGCUGGCGAACUUCUUCUGGAACAUCUACGAUCCGCAGCGACGACACUCGAUCUCUCUGCUGGAGAUCAGGGUUACCUUCCUGCUGCUGUGCAAACUCUACAGCAGCGAGCACAUGGUCGGCGACUUCUUUGGGCUGCUGGCGGAGAGCAGGUCCCAGAGCGUGUCGCGGUUUGCCUUCGAGCAGCUGCUGAACACGCUGAGCAAAUUGCUCAGCUAUCUCGGGGAGGCCAAGGCCUAUGGUGUGCACAAUCUGCCGCUAAUGAUGGAGCAGUGCUUUGCGCGGUGCCCGCACAAUGCCAGUGGAUUGGGGGAGCAGCAGUUCCACGGUCUGUGGACUACGACCCAGACACGCUUCCUCAUCUACGGCAAUCUGUUGGCGCUGAUCAAGCGCAUCGAGGAUACCGAGCAUUUGAUCCACAGCAAUCCUUGCGCUGGCUGCCGGCUGGAGCAUAUCAUUGGCAUACGUUUCAAGUGCCAGGUGUGCCGCGAUCUGUCGCUUUGUUUGCCCUGCUUUGCGGCCGGCUUUGUGGGUGGCCGGCACGAGGCCACGCAUCGCAUGUGCGAGGUGUUUGUGGAGGAUCAGCCGCCCCAGAGCUGGACCCGGUAUUUGGCUCGCCUCUGCGGCUGGAUUACCCAUCCGCAGAAGACGCAGCGUGAUAGAGCCGAAGAAGAGGAGCGACGCGGGUUCUGCAAUGCCCAGGAGAGUGCCAGCGGCGGCAGUCUGGGGCAGCCAUCCACGGCCCCCGAGCUGGCACCCAUACCCGCGGAGACGCGUAGUUUUCGCUGCAACUCCACCACGAAGCCGCCAUUGAUGGAGAAGCAGCAUCAGCAGCAGCCCCAGCCUCAGCAGCAGCAGGAGCUCUGUUCGCUGACGGGCUUGGCCACAACCGCCAGCCAGGCCUCAAAUCGAAUGCAAUCGAUUAUUGAUCGCCUGCAGCUGCAGAAUGUGAAACUGGAAACUCAGCUGCAGCUGGUUUCCACAACUUCCAGUGCCCAGAUCUCAGAGUUUCUGAGUGCCCAUCAGAGUUUUCUUUUACAGAUAAUUGAGGAUAUGCGUCAGCUAUCGAGGGCCUCCACAGCUACAUCGCCCACAGGGCCAGCCGUUCCUUUGACCAACUCCACUUUCCUUAACUCGAGCACACCCCAGAGACAACAGAUCUUCGAUAUGUAUGCCCCCGUGGGGGCCAAUCUGACACAUUCCAUUAACGGAGCCGAACUGAAUCGCAGCUAUCUGGAGGCCAACAAGUCGGACUACUCCUUAAACGACAUUAGUCUGUGGUUCGAUCAGCGACGUUCAAGCAUACAGAAUGGAGGAGCAGCGCCCCUAUCGUUGCCCCUGCCGCUGGGCGCUCUACUCGAACAGCAUCCGGUUAAUGGGGAUGGCCGUGACACAGAGAUGGCCAACUUCAAGCUGCUGCUGCACAAGGUCAAGGAGAUUGUCGAGGACUCGUAUAGCGACAAUGCCGAACUGUCGGCUGCCACACAGAAUCUGGAGAAUGUACUCGACAGCAUCAUCAAGACUGAGGAGCAUCAGCGACGCAGCAGCACAUGAAGAUACUUUAAUUCCUACGAUUUAUAGUAUAGAUCAAUAUGUUUAUAUGUUUGUAAGCAAAACGAAUCCAUCCUGACAAAGAUCUAAAGAUCUUUAUAGACUAUAAGCUACUUAUGCAAUCCCAGAAUCGAAUGCUUUAAUCUGACGAUCACAAUACAACCCACAUAUCCAAAAAA